AUGUUUGCGCAAUUUGAACUCUACUCAGGAGGCUGGGUUCAUGCAGAAAAACGCGUGAAGCAUCGCCGGUCCCCAGGCGGUUGCAUUCCAUGCCGAAAUCGACGCAAGAAAUGCGAUGAAUGUCGCCCGAUAUGCGGUAGCUGUUUGAAUCCUCGGGUCUCUUGCAGUUGGUGUGGCAGUAGCGAGCGUCGUAACCAGAAGUUCGAUGUUCGGGCUGGUGAGAAGAGUGUGAGUCCUCAGCUAGAAAACGGCUCCCAUGACGAGGCCAGCGGACCUAGCACACCGAGUGCCCUUGGUGAGGAGUUGAUCUUACAAAACGGAAACCGCCUAUCUUCUCCGAUACACAUUAACAACAGAGGUGUCUUCAACGAAUGCUUCCAAGGCCUGCCCUCAUGCUCAAUGACAGGACUGCUCGAGGUCCUCGACCAGGCUACGUCGAGACUAGAUCAAGGCCGAGAGUUCUCUAUGCUAGCCCAGGGUUUCGAAGCCUUGGCAAGUUCUCGCAGUAUGCUGCAUGCCUGGCUCGCGUGUUCGGCUAUCACUAUUUCGCAGCUUCAAACGAGCUGGCGUAUUCACGCUUUACAGCAACACAGCGAUGCCCUGAAGCACCUUCGGUUGAGUACGCGGAGUGAGGAGAGUCUUACGUAAGAUUCUAAUAUCGCGACUGUUCUUUUACUGCAUGUAUUUGAGCUCAACUCCUCAGCUUACGGAUAUACUUCCGGAUAUUGAAGCUCGAGAUGAAACACCAUCCACACCAUUGGCCAACGUCAAGCAAAGGAUCAUUUUUAGUCUGUCGGAAGACCUAAUGGAGCUUAGUCUCGCUCGAAACUCAACCUUUCUCACUUUU